AGUGCUCCCGAAUAAUUAAAGUUAAAUUACGUGUUAAACUCACUAAAUCAACAAAAAAACAGUGACUUACAGUAAUACGGAACAGUGCCACGCUUUUACAGUGAUUUUACGUUGAAUCUAUAACAAUCCUCUAGUUAAAUUAGUGACGAAAACUUUGUGACUUUUUUCAACGCGAACCGUUAACUAAACAAACGUGUUUAAAUAACUAUAAAUUGGUAAUUAUCGACCUAAACGCCGACCGACACAAACAAUAACAAAACAGCUGAUUGGUCCUGUCAACUGUCAAAAGUCAGAGGUCAGAACAAGAAAGUAUUGCCAACUUACAAAUAUUAUAACUAGUCCAUAGACAAUUUCGGACUUGGAUUCCUGUCUUUUGGUAUAAGGCUGGUUAUACACACUGUAUUUAUACUUGACUUCAUACUUACAAGUUAUAAAUAAAAAUGGAAGAACAAUUUCAAUUAUUAUUUGAUAAAAUGAACGAAAUGCAAAAUCAAACGGUGGAAUUAACUAACAAAAUCAUGGAUAAAAUUGAUGAAAAAUUAAAACCUGUCCUGGAAGAAAAUAAAAAUUUAAAACUUAAAAUUGAGAACUUGGAAAAAAAAGUGGAGUAUCUGGAGAGAGAAAAGAAAAGCAAUAAUAUUAUAAUUCAUGGGUUACGAGAAGAAGAGAAGUCUACAUUGGAUUUAUUUCAAAGCGUGAAAAAGUGUUUUUUUGACGAACUGCAAAUAACCUUAGAGGAAUUUGAAAUAAAUAAAAUCCAUCGCAUUGGCAACAAUAUUAAUGGUGAGAGACCAAGACCUACGCUUAUUUCCCUAGUAAGCGGGUGGAAAAAGAGUGACAUUAUGAAAAAUAAAAAAAAACUCAAAGAAUUAUAUAUAACCGAAGACUUCUCAAAGGAGACCUUAGAGAAGAGGAAGGCUCUACAACCUAAAUUAAUUGAAGAAAGGAAAAAAGGAAAUUUUGCCUACAUAAAAUAUGAUAAGCUUGUUGUGAAGGAAAAAACAGUUGCGAAAGAUAGGAGGAAGAGAGAAAUAUCUACAUCCCCGCAAACAGAUUUACAUCCAAAAAAGCAACAGACAUUUCACUCCUCUAAGAAUAGCCGAACAAAUGCAUUUGAUCUAAUGAGAGUUCGAUCAAACUCUCUCUCAACCAGCCCUCUAACAAAAAAACAAUAGCAA